CGUGAUGUUGUUACUGUAAAAGUUCAUUUUAGCGUAGUAGUUCCGUAUUGUUCACUUCAGUAGGUAUCCAUAUAUUGCGCAAAAAUCGUAGCAAUAAAAUGGCAAAUAUGCAUUCAGUAUCUUAUUUUCGACAGCAUAAUUUUUAAUACAUAGUGCGUUGUGAUUUGUUAAAUUCCUAAAGAAAGUUUGGAAAAGGGUAUUACCGUUACAGGUGUAUUUUAAUGAAAUUUCGAUUAUCGUCAGCUGAUGGUGCGAAAUUUAGUGUAGAAUUGAAAGCUAUGCGGAUAUCAGGACUCAGUAAAAUUAUGCUGUCAAGUUAUUUCGAACUCUAGUUGUAUGAUUAUUUGAACCAAUACGCAAUUGCUAUGUUUAAAUGAACUUUUAUUGUAACUACCAAAGCAGCAAGUAUAUUAUUAACACCCAAGUUCCAGACCAUUGCGGUACACAUCUUAUGCUACUACUCAAACACACCUAAUUUACUAGUGCACUGAAUUGCUCAAAAAUAGUAAAUAAAUAUGAACAAAGUGCAAAGUAUUGGAACAUAUUUUUGUUUGGUACUAAUUUAUUCGUUGUUAACUAACUGCAUGGAAUUCGAUUGGGAAGAUACAAAAGAAUUAAGCUUUGUCUAUCUCAACAAAGAGUACCUUAUCUUAGAGUAUCGUGUCAAUUGGGACGAAGCUCUAAUUAUUUGUCAAACCUUCGAGAACGGAUCUUUGGCUAUCAUUCGCGAUCUGGAAGUUAGAACCUUUUUGGCCAGAUGUUUAGAGGAAACCGCACCAAACGCAGAUACUUACUGGAUUGGAGCAGAACGUCGAAAGAAUGCCGAACAUUUUUUUUGGAUUGAUAACGGAGAACAGUUCGUAGAUAAUAAUUGCUUCAUAUUACGUGGUACCGAUUACAUAAGGCCUCAGGGGCGGGAGUGUCUUUGCUUUUCUCGUAGAAAUCACAAUGAUGGCUUGUACUUUAACCUUGAUUGUAAGCUCAAACGAGCAUUGAUUUGUGAAAGGCCAUUUGAGAAUAAGUACGAUGGAUCUAUGACUACCGCGGAAUGGAUUAUAGUUAACGAUUACAAAUAUGGAAUUUUUUAUGAUAGGAAAUCAUGGUCACAAGCUGUAAGAGCGUGUCAAAAAUAUUACAAUGGGGAGUUAGCUACCUUUCGUAAUACGAACGAAACCGGAAUUUUGGGCAAAUAUUUACUAAUUGGUCGACCAAGUUUGGAAAAUGCAUGGAUAGGUGGACGAUACACGGAAAGUGGCUGGAGAUUUAUAUCAGACGAUGUAAUAAUUCCAGACCACAAGGAUAGCGUUACCCACUUUCCUCCUUGGUUCUUGAAUCAGACACGGCAGAGGGGAGGGUGUUUGGUAUUAGAUAGGCAUCUUGCAAAUGAAGCAGUGUUUGUGGAAACACGCUGCAGCCGGCGCAUGAGUUAUAUUUGUUCGAAAAAAAUUGUACAAACUCCGGAAAAAGUAUAUCACACAUUUAACAAUGUGGAAUAUACGAUAUAUUAUAUAAAGCAAAGUUGGGACGAAGCAUACGAAACAUGUCUUGCGCAUAACACCACCUUAGUGAAGGUCACGCUAGAAGUAAUACAUGCUUUAGUACAUAUGAUGGGGGAAAUGGAUUAUGAGAUCUACCAUGUGUGGAUUGGUGGGCGACUAAACGAAGAUGGAACAAAUUUUGAAUGGGUAGAAGACAAUGAGAUUAUAAAGAAACAAUCUGAAGGUAUAGACUGGUAUCCUCCAUGGUAUGAUACCGAAUUUGACUUAAAAUAUCCUUGUCUAAAUAUGGAUAGAGAGAAUCAUAAUCGUCCUAUGUUCUACGGAGCAGAUUGCGGGCAUGCUCAAGAAUUUAUUUGCGAACGGAAACACACCAAAGUGCAUGCGAGUUUCGGGGUAAUGGAUGAUGACGAUUUCCAAGAAAUCGAAGGAAGAAUGUUUUAAUCUAGGACCCACGUACGAAUCAUACAAAAGUACCUAAUGAAUAUUGUUAAAUCACUCCCAUCAAAAUUUUCUUAAAGUUAAUGAAAAAUGAAAACAUGGAAUUACACUAAGGUUUCCUAAUACUUAUGUUAAGAAAGAAGGAUUUAUAAGAAAUUUGAAGUUAUGAAGUUAGGACAAAUAUAAUUUUUGUUAGUAUGAUGCGGAAUCAUUUUUUGCGCUUUAAAAAGCAACGCUACUGUGCUCUAAUUUUCCAGACUAUAGACUGGAUUUUUGUCUAUUUUGGGGAUGGAGAGCCUUUAUAGGCCUACUGUAAUAUGAAAACAAACAAGUAAAAAGGCCCUAGCUAAGGCGAGCAACUUCAGCGCAUUUUCCAUAAAUUGAUCAGUACUCCCCAAAAGGUUAUAGCUAUGCAUGUGCGCUAUGUUUCUCUUUACUAGAGGCAUAUAUGGUUAAAGUUUCAAAGAAAUAUCUCCAUAAAAUCAUAAAUAAGAAAGUUGACAUUGCGCAGUCUGCACAUGCGCAGUUUAAUCGUCAAGAUUUUCCUUGGCUCGAGUGCCAGAGUUAUACCUACUCUCCCGAAUGUAAAAAGAACGAAUUAAAUAUCUUGAAAACUGUAGAAGUAGUUAAGGCCUCGGAUAGACGGACGGAGGGACAGACGGACAAACGGACGGACCGAGAAAGUGACGGCAAUAGUGCACCCAACUUUGAUGAAAAAUACGCUAAAACUGGAAACGACGACGCGACGGCUACAUCUGGAUAACUCAGAGCUUGUCGAAAGGGACCAUAAGGCCAGUUGCACAAAAAAAAUAAUCCAGGAUUAUUGUUUAAUCCGGUAUUAAGAUAUUUGAUUGGCUUAAGGUAUAUUGCAGUAGGCAACGAAUCAAAUGUCAAAAUUCUUGCUUAAACUCAGAUUUGGCAAAUAAUGUAGGAUUUUGAUUAUAAUUC